AUGGCACACAAAGCCCUAGCGCUCAAAGAGGAAGGCAAUCUGUCCGUGACCCUACAAUUCACAAAUACCACCUCAGCUGACAUUGUCCACCCAGCUACUUCCAGAAUGGCAAGUUCAAAGAAGCAGAAGCAUGCUACACCCAAGCGUACGUCACGAGCCAUACUCUCCACGAACCAUCCUACUAUUCUUUCUACUACUAUCACCACUUGUCAAAAGCACGCUCACACACCCAUCCACAGCAUCCAAAGAGACCCCACCCAACCCCGCCUCUUCACAAACCGGGCCAUGACCCGCCUAAAACUCUCCCUCUACGAGCCCGUAAUCUCCGACUGUCUCCACACCAUUUCCCUUGACUCCUCUUCCUUAAAAGCCUACUACUACCUCUCCCAAGCCCAACUCGCUUUACACCACCCGAACGAAGCGCUCUCCUCCGCCCUGACCGCCUACGACUUUUGCAUCGCAUCCCACGACAAAAGCACGCAGAAUGUGAGUAAUCUGGUGCUGGCGUGCAAGAAGGCGAAAUGGGAGUACAGGGAAAGAGCGAGGAUAAGGGGACGGUCAGCGUUGUUGCGGGAGUUGGAAGAGGGGUUGGUGAGGGGCAUGGAAGGGAAUCUGGAGGUGUUGGAGCAGAGAGAGGGGGUCGGAGAGGUGGAGAGAGCGGAGGAAGCGGAGGAGGUGAAGAGGGUGUGGUGGGCGAAGGUGGAGGAGGUGAGGAGUGUGUUCGCGGUGGCGGAUCCGGGAAAUCUGGCGAGGAGGGAAGUUCCAGAUUAUUUGAUCGAUAAUGUCACGUUCAGUAUCAUGCACGAUCCGGUGAUUACGAAGACGGGCGUCUCGUAUGAUCGGUCGACGCUGGUGGAGCAUUUGAAGAGAAGUGAGAAAGAUCCUUUAACUGCUGAGCCUCUAAGAUGGGCGGACGUGAGGCCUAAUCGGGCAUUGAAGGCUGCGAGUGACGAGUUCUUGGAGAACAAUGGAUGGGCGGUUGACUGGUAA